AUAGAAAUAGGAGGUGAGGAUUGAUAUCGUAUAUGACGCUUGCAAGUGCUGUUUGUCUAUUUCACAUCUCAUCAUGCAUACGACAAAGGCCACAGGCCACAUUACAAGAAGGCCCUCUGCCGCAUCUCAUCUCCACUGCUGCGUCACAAGAACUGGACAGCGUGCUGCUCGAGGAGGUGGCUGAAGCCUCAUCGCCUCGCAGGUGCGUUUGGAAAACCCUCCCUCAACAAUGGUCGAAUGCAGCUUAUGAGACGAGCUGCAUCGAAAACUUCCAGGCUGUUCGUCGUCAGUUUCACCCCUAACAGCCGCAUUACUGUACGAGGCUACACACCAUCAGAUUCAUCUCCAUCUCGUGGCUGGGUUCUUGGCCAAGGACAAAGCCACGG